UCUGACUGAGGGUCUGAGCAAGUUGUGGUGAGGACAUCAGUGAGCACAGGGCUGAGCAUCUAGGUUACUGUGGGUUCAACCAGCCGGCUCAUCCAGUGUAGACACAGGCUGGCUGGCUCCUGGCCAGCUCAAGGUGUUUUCCUUUGCCUGGAAACGGGAAGGUGUGGCUGAGGCAGAGCAUGGAGGUGAGCAGCUCAACUAAAAAGUGGUGGAGAGGAGCCCCACUCUGGACCUCUUUAGUCCCCCCAAUUGCCGAGGACCAACUACUCGCGACUUAAGGAGAUGAGUCAGGACCAAGACCCAGUAAAAACGUCUGUCGCCUGAGCUUCUGGCCAUGUACUCACACAGCUGCGUGGCGCCCGGGGAAGGCGUCUGGCCUCCACUGCAACCCCUCACCUACACUUACCUGCCCGGCCCCCUGCUGCUGCCCCCCGUGCAGGCCCACAACUUCUGCAGCUGGUCCCCAGCCCUGAGCGCCGGCGACUGGACAGCCCCGCGGGAAUACCACUGUUUCCACGGCCCAGGCGCCACCCUGGGAGCCGCGCCACCCUGGUGGGCCUUCCCGCAGGCCUACGCCGCGACUCUGCGCCCGCCCUUCCCAGCUCUCGGCUACUCCGGGCCGCCGCUUCAGGCGACCGCGACGGCAGGGGCAGCAGCGGCCGAGAGCUGGGCGCAGUGGCCGGAGGGCGGUAGCCUGCAGGCAGAGCUGCGCUGGGGACGCUUGGAGCGCGCGCUGGGCCCGCGCCUGGAGCUGCCGGACUUCGUGCGCCGGGAGCUGCGGCGCGUGUACGGCACGUACCCGCGCACCGACGUGCGCAUCACGUUCCGCGGCGGCGAGUUCCUACUGCAGGCGGCGCCGCGAGUCGGGGAGCCAGAGCGCCGCGUGCAGAGGCGUCUGCAGCGCCCGCCCGCCAGCAGCAGCGGCGGCGGCGACCGCAGCCCCGUGGGAGAGGCGGCGGAGCGCGGCGGCCGGAAGAAGAGGAAGGGCUUGGGCUGAGCGCGCCCCCCAGGCCUGCGGCCGGCGGGGAGCAGCGCGCGCGCGGCUCUCCACCCCAGCGGGGAGGGAGACCCUCCGCAUAGCGUCGGGGCUGUGAGGCUCUGUCAUCUGUGUUUUCGCACCCCCCCCUUUUUUUAAACCAAGACUGCCCGCCGCCCGCCUCCUGAACUUCCUUGAUUUCUUUCGUGUUAUUGUGGGAUGGGGGGAGAAGGGAUCAAGGACGUCUCUGGGUGGGUGUCCUGUUGCUUCUUUAUUCUACGUUGGCUUGGGAAGCCUCGGUAGAGGGUGGAAGAAGGGCCUAGACCCCGCACCCUCUCUGCUUCCCCCUUCCCAUCUUCUUCCACUUGGAAGCCCCCACUUUCCCUUUCUCUUCUCCCUCCAGCAAACCUCCCGAACUCCCCAAGCUGAGGGCCCACUUAUCCCCAGCUUGUAAUAAAAAAUAAAUA